AUGGCUAAGCAAACAAUAACCUCCCGCCCGAGGAUACCUAAGCGGAACCUUUUCCUGAUGUCAUCCUCGACAGUGCAUGGAUUCGGAUACCUCGAACACGCUCAGCAGGAUCUUACAAGCUUCUUCGAGAGCAAUAGCGUCCAGAAGGUGUUGUUCAUCCCGUACGCCCAAACCGAUUACGAUGCGUACACCGCGAAGAUUGGCAGCGUCCUAAAAGGAUGGGGUUUCGGGUGCACCGGUAUCCACACCUGUUCCGAUCCGUUCGAAGCGCUGCUGGAGGCCGAAACCAUCUACAUCGGUGGUGGCAAUACGUUCCUGCUGCUACGCACAUUGUACGAGAAGGAACUGCUCGAGCCGAUCCGGGACCGGGUCAUGAAGCAUGGGGUACCGUACGUUGGCAGCUCGGCCGGUACCGAUGUGGCGUCGCCCAACAUUAAAACGACAAACGAUAUGCCGAUCGUAUAUCCGCCGAGCUUCGAUGCGCUCGGACUUAUACCGUUUAACAUUAAUCCGCAUUACAUCGAUCCGGAGGUGAACGGGAAUCAUAAGGGUGAGACACGCCCGGAGCGUAUCAAUCAGUUUCACGAGCUAAAUGAUGCGCCGGUUCUGGGACUGCGCGAGGGUGCAACACUGUUUGUCGGUGGACGCACUGCAACGUUGUUCGGGCCAUCGUCCCCAGUGCCGGGUAUGAACUACGGUGCACGGUUGUUUAGGAAAAAUCAGGAACCGGUCGAAUAUGAACCAUUCGACAGUAUAACCUUUUUGCUGAAGGAGGAACCGUAA